AUGGUUAGCUCGAGUGUGUGGACUUGCAAGGCCGGGCUGGGACAACUGGCGACUCUGAUAUGGGAUGGAUCAAUGCUUGGUUUCAAUGAAUCGGUCGAAGUCGGCCUCACCCUCUCCGAUAUGAGAUUCACUGUCAUUUCUUAA